CAAUGAGCGGGUGGUGGACAGCUCCGGCCGGAUCAUCAGACUGUACCCGGAUGUGGUGGAGACCCUGCAGAGCCUGCAGAGAGACGGCAUUCAGAUCGCCGCCGCUUCACGGACUGGUGAGGUCGUGGGGGCCAAUCAGCUGCUGAGUCUCUUCAAACUUGAUGCCUACUUCUGCCAGAAGGAAAUAUACCCGGGGUCGAAGGUUACGCACUUUGGCAGGAUCAAACAGGCGACCGGGCUGCAGUACUCUGACAUGAUCUUCUUCGACGAUGAACACCGGAACAUUGUGGACGUUGGCCGGUUAGGCGUGCUCUGCAUCCACGUCCCCACGGGGAUGACUCUGAAGCUGUUGAAGGAAGGACUGGAGAGAUUCGCAAGCUCGCAGAACGCUCGGAGCUGAGUCCAGGGGGGUCUCCUGCCCGCCCGCCCGCCGUUCCCUGGGACCCCCCCGCCUGAACCAGGAAGCCGCGAGUUUCUACCCCCUGUCUAAAGCGCGUGACAGGCUGAGGACAUGACAGCCUCUCGCCCGGGCCCGGCGUAAAGGGGGCCCACUCCGACCCUGUGCGAGCGCGCGUGUGUGACGUCCGGAACUGUCUCCUGCUCCGUCCUCCACGCUGAGAGCGUUACUGUCAAAGCGAAAUGUGCCGAAUUCUGUACUGGAGAAAGGUGACUUCUGCCUUGCACACCUCCCCCCCCCACCCGUCACCCCAAACAAAGGUCUAAAACCUGUCUAA